AUGGAGCUCAAUCUUACACAACUUCCACUUGUUCAUAUCACAUUUUGCGGCCGCCCAGCGGUUUCCAUUGGGGUCGUCAAUUUGGUUGGUCUAUUUGGCAGCACGGACUAUGUGCUCCUUCAGCGGAUCGGUAGUCAGGGUCAAACCGCGCUUCGCAAAGGGGAUGGAGGAGGCAGGCAUUCAAAAGAUUCAAGGGAUAGUAGCUUGGACUCAUUGGAAAUUGAGAAUCGUGUGCGGAGUUCAAAUAUGAAGCUUUGCCGAAAUACAGGCCUUCCAGUAGGAUGCUACAACGUCGUAGAGGGCGGAAUUUAUGACGUGGUACGCUAUAGCGACCUUCGUAAGGGGAAGGUUAAGGGUAUGGAUUUCGCCACGCUCAAUAGACAUAGUGAUGGCCGACCCAAAACGCGCCGGGGGUGCAGAAGUCGAAGGAAACGACGCAGGGAUGGCACUGUUGAAAACGCUGCACAGAGUACACCAAGCGAUACAGUCUCUUCAUCAUUUAAACAACCUAGCACUCCCGUACCUACGGACCCCAGCGGUACCUCCGGGGGAACAAACGGAGUUUCUCAGCGUGCGAAGGUGGUGCGUGCCGCGCAGCCGUCGGAGAGGAAAGCACACCAGAAGGCAACAAAGGUGUCACAAACGUCUAAACAAACUGGGGGUAAAGAAGCGCCAGCUGUCGAUGAAAAGAACUCCAACGGCACCAAGGUGGAAAGAACACGGACCACUAAACCAAGGGCGCCGGGAAUACCCAAAGAGAGACCGCCACGUGUCGGUAAAGAAAAGGUUCAGCAACUGAAGCCUGUAGCGGAAGCCGCCCCGCAGCACGCACCGAGCAGAUCACCGUCUCCUAGGCAGGCGAAUAGUAACUUUGCCGCGGUGGUUUUAACGGCGUCGGAUCUGCGGUCGUGUGACCUUGGCAGCAGUUUGUCAAAUGUUUCGGUGUGCACGGACAAGGCAGAAACGCAGAUGACACCAACGACGGGUCCGGUAACAACUUCAAUGCAACUAAAUAAGUCCAAACACGUCCCCAGCAGCACGGGUCGUACAGCUGCCCAGGACAACGGAGCAAAGAAAACACCCCAAGUGGCAACUCCUGUGGGCGAAAGUGCCAAUGCGAAGAAGCAACAGGAUGUGGUGGAUGUGGACAAUGCGCUGUUGGUUGGACAUGGUUCCUCAAGUAACGGUAAGAAAGAAGGUGGGAGUACAGGUUUAGCAAACGUUAGAACGGAUCAUUCCCGAGAUGUGGUGGACCGUCGGGCGGCUGCAGCGCCUUCGAAUUCCAUCGUUGAGUGCCCUUGUGCUCCCGAUGCCGCAAGUCCGGAGCUGGGUUUCGUUACGGUCGAGAGUGCCUUAUCCCGUGACUUUAGUUUAGGAUCAUCUCUUGCCUCAUCUGCAGACUCGGUGUAUUAA